AUGUACCGUAAUAUUAACACAAUUACUAUACUAUCGGACGAUAUGUCGGAACAGAGAUUCAAGAAGAAGUGUUUGGUUUGUGGCGACAAAGCUCUCGGCAAGAAUUUCGACGCCCUUUCCUGUGAGUCGUGUAAAGCCUUUUUUAGACGGACGGCACUCAAGAAUAUUGAGUUGAGGUGUGAAUUUAGCGACAGCUGCAAAAUCGAUGUCUACACCAGAAGAUUCUGUAUGAAGUGCCGGUUACGGAAGUGCUUCGAGAUUGGCAUGAAAAAGGAAUGGAUUCUAACGAGUGAUGCGAAGAAAGAGAGGAAACAGAAGAUUGAGUUGAAUAAAAAGCGAAAACAAAGCGUGGGAUCCGUUGGCCAGUCGUCGGACUCGACGAUGACGUCGUCGCCGGGCAGUAGUUCCCAGUCGUGCGACGACUCGACCGCUGGCCUCGAAAUUCCCGACACUUUCGAUGCGCUGGACUUAGACUUAGACCUAAACCUCGACCUCGAUAUCGACGAGAUUAACACUCAGAUCACAGAAAUCGAGAAAUACAUAGAAGUGGACGAAGAGGUGGUCGACGGCAACGGCGACGACGAUUGGGACGAGAUAUCGGACGAGACGUAUGAGAAGGCCGUGGAGUUGGAGUUCUCUGUGUUGCCGAUCGCACGACCCGUCACUAAUCACUUCACAUUCAACGAGUUAGAGGCCAAUAAGUUGGCCGAACUAUUCAGCGCCACAUCGUUUUUCCACGAGAAACAGACGCCGUUUGCCUCCCAAUCGUUGGCGACCACUGAUCAGGAUCUGAUGAACUGCAUGUCGUUUAAGUUUGAGCAGCAAAUACAUAGGAUAAUCAAGAUGUCCAAAGCGUUUACCGCGUUCAACAGUAUUAUCGAGGCCGACAAAAUGACAUUGAUCAGAGAGGGCGUAUUGGACCUGUUUUGCAUUCGUUCCGUGCCCUUAUAUGAUCAUGUCAACAAGAGUUUGGACGACGAGAAAUCAGUGAUAUUUGAUUUGGAAGCGUUCAAAAAGAUGCCAAUCAAUGUCUAUGAGUUAUACGUGAAGUUUUUGAAUCAAAUAUGCAAAGAGUGGGAAUCGGAUCCAAUUGUUCUCGAUUUGUUGACGGCAAUAGUGUUAUUUAACCCUGAUCGGCCUAAAAUUGAAAACAAACAGUUUGUUAAUUUGGGCAAUAAUUUUAAGCUCAAUAUGACCAAAAAAGACCCUGAUCAUAUGUCACCGCUCAUGAAGGAGCUUUUUGUUGAACCAAAUACUAGCGAGAAGUAUGUCGAUUGUAUGGGAGAUAAUAACAGCACAAAGAUUAUUAUGAAUGAGAGAGAAAUGUCCGAAAUAUGUGGUGUUUGUGGAGAUAAAGCAAACGUUAGUCGUCCGGACGAUUCAAUCAAUGAUUUAAAUUAUAACUCAUUUCAUGAAUCCUUUGCCAAAGAUAUCGCAAGAGAUGAGACAAUGGACUCAAUGUCUGUGACAUAUGCCAGACGUCCCAUAACUGACUACAGGAAUAAUUUCAAUGAAAUAGAGGGCAAACGGAUCACUGAAUUGUUGAGCGCCACGAAUGAGAUGAGAAGAUCAUCACCCGAUGGCCGGACGUGUCUUAUCAAACACCCCCUCAUAGAGGAGGCCUGUAAGGCAUGGGCUCACAAAUGUGUCCAAGAAGUGGACAAAUUGGUCAAAAUGUCUAAAUGUUUGGUUGCAUUCAACCGGAUCUGCGAUAACGAUAGGAUUGCGCUCAUAAAGUAUGGCUCAGUGGAGGAGCGAAACAAUUCAGUUGUAUUGCGAAUGGAUUUACUAAAAGAGUACAGAAAAUCACUUUUCGAUGCUUACGACCGCUUUAUCAGACAUAUUGGCCCGGAAUGGGAUUCAGACACUAUUAUUAUAGAUUUGUUAACAGCAAUUGUAAUAUUCAAUCCCAACCGACCAGAUCUUAUGGACAAACAACAAGUUCAAGUGGAGCGGGAGAUAUACAUGCAAUUACUGCUCCGGUAUUUACUAUUGAGAUACCGAUGCGAUCGCGAGUCGACCUCUAAAUUAUGGCAAGCGCAUCAACGGAACUAUCGGCUUAAAGAUCCUAAACUCGUACCCCCACUGCUAAGGGAGGUGUUUGAAGUGGGUUACACGGGCAAACUGGGAAAUAGCGAUUUCAUUAAAUCAUGUCUGAUAUGCGGUGAUCGGGCGACCGGAUAUAAUUUCAAUGCUGAAUGGAUUCUAAACUCCGAGCAAAAGAAUAUUCGGCGAAAUAAGAUCGAAGAGAAUCGACAGAAGCGGAAGAAUAGCACCAGAGAUGACGGCGACAACACAUCCACCGACUCUUCGUUCGCACAUUUCACGAAUCAAAUUGAGAAAAUGGUAACCAAAUUGAUGGACAAUAGUCGGCCGAUACUAUCAUCUAAUGUUAUAUCGGAUGCGAUAUACGAAAUGUCAGUCAUUCCGAUCGCCCGACCCGUCAAUCCAUUAACAGACCAAUUGAAUGACAUUGAGAUGAAUAGAUUGGCGCAACUGUUGAACGCAAUGCUUGUACUGAAGUCACCCAUAAUUGCCAUCACAUCCGAGGCUAUGACCGAAGACGACGGUUGCGAUGUCUGGCGCUAUCAUUGCGAACAAGAGAUCCUUAAGAUCACCAAAAUGUCGAAAUUGUUGGAACCGUUUCAGAAGUUGUGUCCGAAUGAUCAAAUCGCCCUGGUCAAAUAUGGCUGCGUGGAAAUGCACUUUCUCAGACUAACCAUACAUUAUAACUUUGAUAAUGAAUACUGGAGUGUGAAUAUUCCCGAGUGGGAGUCCGACCCUAUUAUUCUCGAUAUUUUGACGGCAAUCUUACUCUUCAAUCCGGAUCGUCCAAACCUAUUGUAUAGAGAAAUGGUUAAACUGCAACAACACAUUUACAUGUAUUUACUUCAACGCUAUGUAAUGACAAGAUAUCCGACAAAAUACGAGUCAAAUACCAAAUUCAUGCGAUUAAUGUCUACAAUGAUUGACUUGAAUAUAGUCAGGGAAUCACAUGUAAAACAUAUGGAAUUAGAGGCAUAUAAACUGAGUCCAUUGCUCCGGGAGAUAUGCGACCUUGUUUUUAAAUAA